AUGGACUGCUCACCCAAGCUCAGAAGGAGGAAGUCUGGGCCAUUGGCCAGAUAUCUCCCGUGGUUGUGUGUGGUCCCAUCCAUACAGAAUCCCCGAUCAUACAGCUCGGGGGUGAAGUGGUUCUUAACCUUCAUCGUUGCUGCUGGUGGUUUGGUCGUUCCGUUGAGCAGCGGCGUCUUGUUCCCCUGCUUGAUUGAAAUCGCCGCGGACCUCAAUACCACCGAAUCUGUUGUCAAUCUGUCCAUCGCCUUCGGUUCCCUUGCCGUCGCCAUCACACCCCUCUGGUGGUCCUACCUCGCCGAACUCUACGGUCGCCGUCUUGUAUAUCUGCUAUCUUUCUUCUUCCUCGGCCUUUUCUGUAUCCUAGCAGCCAUCAGCCCCAAUAUCGGGAUGUUCAUUACCAUGCGCCUUCUCGGCAGCGCCUCAAGCGCCUCCCUCCAAUCCGUCAGCGCAGGCACCAUCUCCGACAUGUUUGACACGCACGAGCGUGGCAAAGCCAUGGGAGCUUUCAUGCUAGGCCCCAUGCUAGGCCCCAUGUUUGCCCCCAUCAUUGGCGGAGCGCUCACGAUGCGGUGGGGCUGGCGCAGCACGCAGUGGUUCAUGGUGAUCUACGGGUGGGCGGUGUUUAUGGUGAUGGUCUUCUGUUUACCAGAGACAGCGACAAACCUGGAACAAAACCAGCGUGAGCACCGCGCUAACGCUAGCAGUUCUGUCCAAAAGGCUGCCCACUUUCUUCUCAAGCCCAUUGAGGCCGCCAAGCUCCUCCAGUACCCGCCUAUCCUAAUCACGGUCUACUAUACAGCAAUUGUAUUUGCGACCUAUUACCUCAUCUGCGUCUCCAUUGAGGAUACCUUUGCCGUGCCCCCAUACUCCUGGAGCCCUGUGAUUGUUGGCGUCGCCUACAUUCCCGGGGGUCUGGGGUUAUUGUUCGGGGCGAUCGUCGGCGGUCGCUGGCAGGAUUCGAUCAUGGCGCGCACCGCCCGAAAGGAGGGUCGGUAUGACGAUGCGGGCCAGUUAAUCCUGCAUCCUGUUGAUCGGUUGGGAGAGAAUUGCCUGAUGGCGGGCAUUCUCUUCCCUGGUGCGCUGUUGUGGUGGGGAUGGACCGCCGAGAAGCAGGUCUUCUGGCUGGUGCCGAUGAUUGGAAAUUUCUUCUAUGGCUUCAGCGGGAUGAUCCUCACCAAUGUGACCAUGACCAUGCUGACGGAGUUUACCCCUAAGAAGUCUACUGUGGGCGUCGCAGUGAACAAUCUGCUGCGGAACAGCCUAUCAUGUGUUAGUGCCGUCAUUGCUCAACCGCUGUUCGAUGCCAUUGGGACCGGAUGGUCGUUCACGGCCGCUUGUCUCUUCUGUCUGCUGAGUGGCAUUCCUUUGAUCCUUCUGCAGAUGAAGCGGGAGGAAUGGAGUCGGAAGAUGAAGGCUACGCUGGGGAGUGAAUAA